CAGUUUUUGGGUUUGUGGUUACCAAAGAAAUCUCAGUUGGAAAAGUUUCACGAGAUUAAUGUGUAGAGAGUGAAUUUCUAAUAUGUGGUACUUUGGGUGGGUUAUUACAGAGGCCGUACUAAGGGAGAAUAAGAAUUAUUAGACUAGGGAACUUUUGAAGGAAUUGGAAUCGGUGGCCCUUGUUGAAUAUGGUCUUUUUUUAGUUGGUCAGAAUGUUCUUGCCUUGCUCAUUAGUGAAGGUGCAGAGUACGAUUCUACCAAGAUGAAUCAACUUGUCAUCAUUUUCUCUAAUUUUGGGAAAGUAAAGAAUAAUUGAUGAAGAUCUUUCUCAUGUGAAAGCUUUGGAGUUCGGAAGAAAGAUGAUAAAGUAAUGAGAGUCUGAGCUGGGUCUGAUUCUCCUCUGAUAAAAACAAGACAUGGGUUUGCUUUGGGAUGAGAUGGAGAUAACCCAACAAGAGAUCUCUCCCUGUGAAUUAACAUUGGAAUGCAGGCCAUCUGCAAAAAGAUCACACACUGUCUUUGGAGAUGAGACCCAGCAACUUCAAAAGUAUCUGCGAGGACUGCAAAUGGAGCGUCAUAAAAUUGAAGCUUUUAAACGAGAACUUCCUCAUUCUAUGCAACUGCUUGAUGAUGCUAUUGAGGCUUCAGAACAGCAGCUGGGAAACUGUGAGAAGUUUAAGCACCCCAUAGAUGAGGAACAAAAAUCUGUACUCCAAGAAUUCAUUCCUGUAAAAAAACCUAGCUGUGAAGAAUCUGUAGGGAAUAAAUAUGAGGGAAUUGAGGUGAAGGGAGAAACUGCAUAUACAUCAAAUGAUAUGCCCAAGUGGAUGAUCUCAACUCCAUUAUGGAGCCACAACUAUGAAGCUAAGCAGAAUAGUUUGAAGCAGCAGGAUUCACAUCCACAACAAAGCUUUGCUUUACAUAGAGCCGGUGGAGCAUUUUCGCCAUUCUCAAGAGAACAGAAUGAAAACCCUAGAUAUCCACACCCUGAUCAAUCAUGUGGUGCAGAUGAGGUUGACAGCCAUGCAAUACCCAGCUGUAAAAUGGUAGUUAGCUUGAAGAAUAGAAAUGGUGAAGAUGAUAAUGGAUUCAAGAAAACUUUUGAAGCCCAAGAUGGUAGUGUUUCAAAGACAUCUGAUGGGGCCAACACCAACUCCAACACAACAGCCACUGAAUGUCAGAGAAAGCCCAGAAGAUGUUGGUCUCAAGAGCUCCAUCGAAAAUUUGUUGAUGCUCUUCAACACUUGGGUGGCUCACAGGCCACUCCAAAGCAAAUCAGAGAAUUAAUGAAAGUAGAUGGGCUUACCAAUGACGAAGUCAAAAGUCAUUUGCAGAAAUAUAGGCUGCAUACCAGAAGGCUGAGUCCUCCUUCUGUAUCCACCUUAGCUCAACCUCAAGUUCCUCCUCACUUAGUAGUGGUGGGAGGCAUUUGGGUUCAUCCAGAACAUGCAUCUACAAGGGGCCAAGGUCUCUACGCUGCAUUACCUGCUAUACAACAUGGGCAUUUCUAUUGCCAACCUUCUAAUCCUGCCAUUAAUGGAGCAGAAGACUUUUGUCCUCAGAGGAUUAAUACACCACUUUAUGAAAUCCAAGAAGAGCCUCGAGGAUCACCUCAAUCAUGGGGUAUGGGAGUCUACACAAAAUCUAAAAGUUUUGACAUGAAAGAAGAAGAUGAAGACAGUGAGAGAGGUAAUGAGGAAAUAACAAGAAAUAUUGGAAGGGGACUCUCUCUUCGCCGCUGUUCACAGUAAGAAAAUGAUCAUGAGAAGGAUAGGAAACUCACUGAAAUUACACCAGAUUAUUGAGUAACAUACUGUCUCGUCAGAUGUGACUGAUAAAAUCGGCUUCGGGAAUGUGUAUAAUUUUUCAAAAAUAUGAAAAGGAAUAACGUUGGUAGAUGUUGAACCUACUUACGGUACUUGUUUUAA